AUGCAGAGAAUAUUAGAGAAGAAACACUUCAGAAACAAACAGAAAGAGAUAGAAUACAUUUCGAAGAAAUUGCAAUCUUACGAUUGGAAGACUUACCCUCACAGAUGUCUUCUUAUCUUAGAUGACUUUGCUUCUCAUCCUUUGCUUAAGAAUAGAGAACAAGAUAUGUGUCGAAUUCUUAAGAAGCUCAGACACUUUAACAUCUCAGUUGUCAUUUGUGUACAGACAGCAAAGAGUUUAAGUAAGGAUGUUAAAAGAAUACUUACUGAUAUCAUACUUUUCCCUGGAUUGUCCGAAGACGAUUUCAUGGAACUUAUGAAAGAGUCCAUGGCAGGUAAGUUUGACAGACAUGAACUAUGGGAGAAGUACAAAGUCAUACAAGACCCUCAUACUUCUUUCAGAAUUCAUAUCUACGCAAACAAAGUUCAAAUUGUAAAAAGUCAGCAAAAAUAA